UGUUGUGGGCGACUAGGUACAUAAGUCGCAGGUGAACGCUGAAACAUCGAUGUUUUUCGAUUUUUUCCAAAUCGAUGUUUCCUUCGAUGUUUCAUCACCUCCAUUGGCAAUUGCACUUGCUUCGCUUAGCAGUCGCACGGGAAUCCGUGGAAAAUGGCACUCAAGAGCCACAUGUGCAACGCAAUACCCGCCGGCAUGGAGUCGGACGAGGAGGAGAUGGAGAACCUAAUGACCAACCUGAAGAUCAAGCGCUUGGAGGACAUCACGACAGGUGCUGGAAUCGACGGCUCUAACUUUGACGCUACUUUGGACGCGAAGGCGGAAGAGUUUUUCAAGCUUUUCCGGGAGAUGUGGAACAUGUAUAGCAAGAAGAAGUCGCCGCAUCUGCACCAGGAAUUCGGAAAGGCUUUAAUGGGCCAUCAGGAUCCUCUACUGCUGGCCUUAAAGAUCUUCGCCAACUGCCCCGACAGCAGCAACAUCAAGCCGAAGAGCUUGUCACAUUUCGUACUGGACACGGUAUGCAAGCUUCACAAGGAUUUUCCGCAUCUUGGCGAGGGUUGUGAUCCCAACACCAGCAUGAUAGCCUUUAACUUUGUCAAGACCUCCGGCUUGCUGGCCCUCAACAAUGCAGUGAUCCAUGCCUAUAGUCUUGGCCAGAUCCGCGACCUACUGCUCCCCAAGUUACGCGAACUCCUGGACAACGGGCUGUACAAAGAGGUCACCCAGUGGUCCAUCGGUCUGCAGUUGACGCACGAGUUCGACAUGAUGGAACUGGCCUUCCCGCUGAUUGCAAUCGAGAAACUACCACUGGCCGAGGAGUAUUUGGACCAUGCCACACAGCAGCGGCUGCCCUUUGUCAAGUUCUUGGAUUCGUUGCUGCACAAGGAAAAACAGGUCAUAGAGCUCUGCGAGCAUCUCCUCUACCGGUACAAGAAUAUAAAAAUCUCUCAUCAGGUGCUUAGCUAUCGGCCUAUUGCCAAGAUUGUGGCGCGACUGGCCAAGAAGUAUGGUUUCGACGACGCCGUCACGCCCAACUAUAAGUUCACUAAAACGUGCAGCUAUUUGCAUUACCUUUACCGCGAGUACGAGAAGGCGCGCAUUAAUCUGGCCAGUUUCCGGGAGUUGGUGAGCGUCCAUGCCUAUGACUACGCGUUGCGCACGGACUUCGUAAUGUAUAUGGCGUCAGCUGGAGCUCACUCUGAGGCCAUCUAUUGGUACAAUGAGUUUAAUCUUGAUCCGAAAGAUUGUCCGCUGGAGAUCAAGACGCAGGUCUUGCGAAAUGGCGAUGGAAAAGCGUCAGGCUGGGAAUCUCCAGGCGAGGACCGUUGCGCCGCGAGUAGAUGUGAUAUGUACCUGACCAUGGACCUGCCUGAUGAGUGCCUUAUCAUCGUGGACAAGGCUGAACAGUUCGAUCGCAUGUUAUACCAUCUGCAGCAGGAGUACGUCAUAUACCUGGACUCUGAAUGGAUGCAGAGCGUGUGCGGAGAAAAUCAGCUGUGCGUGCUACAGAUCGCCACCGGCCACAAUGUCUAUCUAAUUGACUGCCUGGCCAGGGAGAGCCUACGCUCCGAACACUGGCGCUUGCUGGGCGCGAAUAUCUUCAACAACGUGAACAUCCGUAAGGUGGGCUUCUCUAUGGUCAGUGAUCUCAGUGUAUUGCAGCGCUCAUUGCCCCUGCAACUGCGCCUUCAAAUGCCUCACCACUACUUGGACCUUCGUAGCCUCUGGCUGGAGUUAAAAAAGCAGCGCUUCGGCGUUGAGCUUCCCUUCGGCAAUGUUAACCGGGCAGGAGACGCCCUCACGGAUCUCUCAUUGGCAUGCCUUGGCAAGAAACUGAACAAAUCAAACCAGUGUUCAAACUGGGCCAAUCGACCGCUGCGUCGCGAGCAGAUUCUUUACGCCGCCAUGGAUGCGCGAUGUUUGCUGCUGAUCUACAACACGCUCAUUGCACGCGUUUCCUCUAUACAUGUGGCUAUCGAGAAGAGCAUAGCCAGCAAUAACUUUCUCAGGCGUGGUGCCAAUGUUAAGUGAUUGAGGAGCUGACCCUUGUUAUAUCCAUGCACCUCUUAAGGGAUAGCGGUUCUCACGAAGACAAGACAAAGGCGUUCGCCCAACUUAAAUUAAGUCCAAAUGUUAUAUGUAGUUACAAAGAGUAUUUAACAUAUAUUUAGUGACUAGCCAGGCAGCUGGGUUAGUGCCUAGCCAGGCAGUUUGUUCACACGUUACAAAUCAGGAGGAAACUAUGUGACUGCAAGCCGGAUAUAAAAGAGUGAAUUUUAUUACGCUAUGAUUUUAUGCUCACUGUAUCCCCAUAAUUUAGAUACUUACAUUAUUCCAAUUCAUAAAUACAUGUAUUAUUUUUAUUUUCUGUUAUGGCCGUGAAACGAGCCUAUUGUUUACCGUCAUGCAUAAUCAAAACUGAAUAAAGCAAUGAAUAGGAUUGAA